GUCUCGGCGUUAAGGCUAAUAAUUAAGAAUCCUCUGAUUUGAAGGCCUUACUGCUUUUUGAGGAGUUCACAAUAUGACGCGUAGGCUGUAACAGCAGUUAACAGCAUUGCUCAAGUUUUCCAGGACUUUGACUCGGUGUAUAGUGGAUACAUAUCCCUGACCAGUGACCACAACCCCUUGAUCUUCUCCCACUGUUUAUGUUUGGGAAAGAAAUUCCUCCAGUCUCAAAUCUUUAAAUCGCUCUUUGGCUGAAAGCAGCAAAGAUAACUUUGACUGUUUUCACUUCAGCACAAGGCAAAGACUGCUGCUCCUAAGGACUUUUGGACGUUGACUGAAUGCUGACACAGCUUUUGGCUAGUUUCUCCACAGGCCAGCCCUCUCUGCUCUGCACGGGUCUUUAAAUGCUGCCAUAAAGAAUACAGCAGCUGAGGCCGAAAUAUAUACCACUGACUCACGAAGGUGGCAGUGAGCUGAAAAUAACCUGGAAGACAUUGAGGAUUUCAUCUUUUAUCAAAGGUCUUUUCUGGCCUUAAAGUAAUAUUUGCUCGUAGUGAGCACACUACACGCUGGAAGUCCAUAUUCGACGAUUGUUCUAUGGUAUGGCUAAAACGGAUGUUUGAAUAUGGGCAUAUGCUGUGGCAGUGAUUUCAAAUGUUCAAUGUGAGCAUAAUGUUGUGUGAUCAAGUUGCACAGCUCUCUACCACAGGGUCCGCUCUUGCUAUCGGCAAAUUGAUUGUGAGGUUCUCUGGAGACGUGCCCUGUCGUUCCCAGUGUCUGUAUGUUCAGGCCUUGUGAGGCUUGUCCUUGUGCUGCAGUCCCAUGGUAGCCAACAGUGUUAGUCUGGAGACAUACUCUCUCACAGCUGGCUCCUCUCUUUCCCAGCACUGCUAAAGGAGGGGUCGGAGACACUCUUCCUCAAUUCAACACGCUCAGGCUUACACACGCACGCACGCACGCACGGGACGGACAAGAUGAUCCUGAACUCACGCCAAAGGAAAGCAGGGAUUAACACUGAGCUUUUGUUUUGAACUGUGUAAAUAAUGAUUGCUUCCAUUCUGGCACUGCUGCUCUCUUUAACAUUUAAUGUGAAACAGCUGUUUUAAAAACGGAGAAAACAAGUUUCCUGAAGUGCAGGUUACUGAUGCCAACAGCUACAAGCAGAUAUAGGGUAUGGUCAUAAUCUGAUUGCUCAUAUAGCCUUUUAAAAAGGUGUAAUGCCUGUCGGCCAUAGGUGUACGCUCUCAUUAAAUGUACUGGGGGCCUAUACUCCCAAUGCUUUGUGUCCGUGGUAUGAGGUGUCUUCUGUUAUUUUUUUAGAUGGUUACUCCCUCUCUCCAGUUGCAUGCUUUCUCCCGGUCAUCUGACCCCUCCUCUUAGAUGUGUCCAGUUGAGUGAGAGUCCAAGACCUGCGACCAAUGGGAAAGGAGUUGGACGUCUGUAUUCACAAUACAUGAAUCUGUCAAUAAGAAAAGCUGAUUCAAUCUCUACUAUAUGAUAUGUUACACUAUAUUACAUGUUCUUUUUCUGCUCUCAUUUCAUAUCAUCAUUCUUUGAAGGAUAUUUGCACUCAUUUCAGCACAUAGUAUUUAUCGGUUCAAGUGUUGGUGUUAUUAGAUGUCCUUGUCAUUUAUGUACCUUUGCGGUAUGGUGCUUUUCCUAUCAUCUGCAGAACAAAUCAAUGAACUCCAUAUCUAUUUCUAAACUCACGGAUGGAACACUAUGUGGAUCCCCUUGAAAAGUCAGUUCUAGAGAAAAGAGUAUCAAGUAGAAAAUGUAUUUUCUAUUCCUUUAUGUUGACAGAGAAUGUUUCUCCUCUACAUAGUAGCAUUGAAAUGAAAUCACUCCAGCUAUGGCCCCUCCUCCUCCUCCCCGUUCUACUGGUCAACUUCUCCAACCAAUUAGAAGACAACAAGAUACCGCCCAGUCUGUGUACGGGACACCCAGGUAUCCCAGGCACCCCUGGGUUGCACGGAGGUGCUGGCCAACCAGGAAGAGAUGGGAGGGACGGGCGUGAUUCUGCCCCUGGGGAGAAGGGAGAGAAGGGAGUCGGGGGAGAGCCAGGUGACACAGGCUUUAGGGGCCUCACUGGAGACCAGGGGAACCCUGGAGAUAAAGGAGACAGGGGGCAGUCCGGGGAGUGCGCCAUCGCUCCCAAAUCAGCUUUCAGCGCCAAGUUGUCUGAGGGCCGCACCAAGCCCGUGGCGGCGGAAGACGCUGUGCGCUUUGACAAGGUUAUACUCAACGAGCAGGGCGACUACGACAUGGAAACAGGACGCUUCACCUGCAAAGUGCCCGGCGUCUACUACUUUGCGGUCCACGCCACCGUCUACCGGGCCAGCCUGCAGUUUGACCUGAUGAAAAACGGUAACACGAUGGCGUCGUAUUUCCAGUUCUAUGGGAACUGGCCCAAGCCAGCGUCUUUGUCCGGGGGCUCGCUGCUGCACCUCAUCCCGGGCGACCAGGUGUGGGUGCAGAUGGCAUUGGGAGAGUACAGUGGUUUCUACUCCAGCUCUAAGACUGACAGCACCUUCACUGGCUUCUUGGUGUACUCAGACUGGAAAAACUCUGCUGUCUUCGCCAAGGGCGAAGGGGUAUAGACAUUGGGGGGGACCAAGUUUAGUAUGGGGGCUGGGGGUCCUGCCUCAGAAAAUAUUUGAACAUUUUAAACAAAUUUACUGCCAUUCUACAUGAUUCGUGGCUUCUUUAGAAGGAAACUCUGGUCUUUGCAUAAACACAUUAUGCAAUAGGCUAUGGCUCAUACCAUACUGAUGAGUUGUGAUGAUGAAUCAGGUGAACUGUCGUGCUUUCAGCUGUGCUUCGGGUUAGCCAUUUGACUGCUGCUGUGCGAUGGUGAAUCGUUUUAACAGACGACCUGACGGCGGCCCUACACCGUUUUUGAUCUACAUGUAUCAUUGUUUUUUUGCCUUUACAAUCAAGGACAGGGGUUUAAAUGAGACAUGUUGGCUCCUGCGGUUGGUAGGAAUUAGCAACAUCAGAAGGUUAUAUAUAUCCAGUUUAGUGGUGGAGAGGUAAAGAGGAUUCAAGAAGGCAUCAUACAGGUAUGUGAGCUGUUUAGGGCUUCCAACUGUGACAUCACUGACUGAUGUCAUGGUACUUACAGUAUUUUGUGGAAGAAAAAAAAAAGAGUUGUAAAGUAUUCAAACGGAAGCCCUAAAAUAGGCUUUUCACAAUCUUUUAACGUCUCUGUCUGUGCAGCCCUCAGUUAUGUCACCAAUAAAAAUGUCAACUCUCA